UGGGCAAGGCCAUGUCGUCCAAUGAGAGUGCAGCGUAUGAGAUCAUGAGGUCUUUGGACGUGGACUAUGUGCUUAUUAUCUUCGGUGGCGUGAUUGGCUACUCUGGUGAUGACAUCAACAAGUUCCUGUGGAUGGUGCGGAUCGCAGAGGGAGAGCAUCCCAAAGAGAUCAGGGAGAGUGACUACUUCACCCCCCAGGGAGAGUUUAGGGUGGACAAAGCGGGGUCUCCCAUCCUGCUCAACUGUCUGAUGUAUAAGAUGUCGUACUACCGCUUUGGAGAGAUGCAGGUUAGAGAUGUUCAACUCCACCGUAUCAACCCCCUCCUGUCACGUAAUAUCAGUUCCUCUGUAUGUGUCCACUUACAAACCACCCCGAACUGGAGACCUGGAACUGCCAGGAACCUGGACUGUGACCUAAUGCAUCCAUAUACUGUCACUUCACAGGGAUGUCAAGCCCUGACACAGCCCCUCUAGUUUACUGUCACUUCA